CCAUCACAAUAACAGCACUCUCGGAACUAGACAACAAACGCCUGCGAGCACAAGCACAAGUCAUCCAUGGCAUUCCCGGCGAUUCUCCUCGCCCUGACCCUCCUCUUCUCCGCCGGCGUCGACGUCGUCCGUGCGCAGACCCCGUCGCGGGGCAACCCGUGCCCGACGAACGCACUGGUGGACCUCAAGGUGUGCGCCGACGUGCUGGUCCUGCUCAAGCUCAAGAUCAACGUGCCGGCGAACCAGCAGUGCUGCCCGCUGCUGGGGCAGCUCGUCAACCUCGACCUCGCCGCCUGCCUGUGCGCCGUCAUCAGGCUCAGCGCGCUCGGCAUCCCCAUCAACCUGCCGCUCGACGUGCCCCUCGUGCUCAACUACUGCGGCCGGAACGCGUCGGCGGUGCCAGGGUCCAACUGCUCCUUCUGAGUGCCGAGUUUUAGUCGUCCCACGUACGUCGAUUGCCGAUCGGUGAGUGGUGUGGCUGUGGAUGCUUCAUGCAUGGCUUCAGGUUGUGAAGAAUAAAUAAUCCUCUUUUCAUCAUAAAUAAACGAAUUUCAUAUUUGCUA